AUGAAUCUUCUCACAUUCGCUUCAGCUGUCUCUCUUCUCAUACCGAGCGCCUUGGGAAAGCAAGCCCUCUCUUCUCGCCGGGACUCCUGCGAUACUUAUGUCCUCUCAGGAAUCUCUGGUGGGUUCACAGAACAAGUCUCUGUCGACUUCACUUCUGCCCAGUCUAGUGGGGAUGCUGCAAACUUUCUUUCACAGCACGGUCUCUCCAUCAGUAACUAUAACGUUGCUUCGACUCCAGUUGCACACGAUUUUGUUCCCGCAAAUGUUCUCCUUGGGAACGGUGUUCUUCAGUUGAAAGUCACCUCUUACAGCGGGAGCGGCAGUGUCGAAUCUGCUGAAGUCGUGACAGAUGAUACCUUUGCAUAUGCCUCUGUCCGGACGGUACUCAAAUCCAGCGCUACAUUUGGGGUCUGCGAGGGAAAUUUCUUCUACUUGAGUGACACACAAGAGACUGACAUCGAAAUCUUAACGUCCACGACUCUCACUGGGAACGAUUAUGUUUCUGCGGGGGUUUGGAUGACCAACCAGGCUACGGUUGAGGGCGGGACCAAAACUACUGACAACGUCGAAUUCACAUUCGAUCCAUCUCAGGACUUUCAUGAAUAUCGUAUCGAUUGGUCUCCUUUGGCAACAACCUUUUACAUCGAUGGUAUUCAGAUAAACAACUUUUCGGACAAUGUUCCUUGGGACAGUGGCUACUGGAUCUGGAAUGCUUGGAGCAGCGGUGACCCAUACUGGUCCAAUGGACCCCCUACAGCUGAUUCAAUCACAGAGAUCAGGUCGAUCGAGUUGUACAAGGGAUAUACUUCGACGACUUCGGGUACCAUCUGUAACGUCUAA